AUGCGCUCAGUAUGCCUGUGGUACAUAUUCCAACCCACUCACCAGCACGCGAUUACAUAUGCCCUCAAUCCAUUCCUCAUCCAACCAUCUAUCUAUCUACCCCCAACCACCUUACCACCUUCCACCCCCACUGGUAGAGAAGUGAAGGCCCUAUCAACACUUCUGGAUGCGCUUAGUAUACCUAUAGUCCUGGCACAGGCGUAUGGCAUGAUCGGGUACUUGCGGCUGGUGGCUCCGUGUCAUCCGGUAGUAGAGUCGCACGUGGAGAAUUCGUUUGAUGACUUGCGGCUUGACUGUCCGUUCCCAGAGUUAAGCGGUACGUUGGGGAUGCGCGUAACCGUUCGGUUGUUCUCGAGUUUAAGGUAG